GCCCGUUCCCGCGGGAAUUCUCGGUGGUGUCGGUGCUCCGGGCGCCGCCCGGGAGCCGCCCCUUCCUGCUCUCCCUCUACGACGGCGACGGGAUCCUCCGGCUGGGCCUGGAGCUGGGAUCCGACCCGCAAUUCCUCUACCGGGAGCGGCGCCGCCGCCUCUUCCCGCAGGAUGAGCCCGUUUUCCGCGGAGUCGACUUGGCCGACGGAAGGUGGCACCGGGUGUCCUGGUCGGUGUCGGGCGGUUCCGUCGCGCUGUCCCUGGAUUGUCGCCGGCGCCUGACGCGGCCCCUCCCCCGCGGCCCCGCCCCCCUGGAUUCCCGCGGGAUCGUCGUCGUGGGAACGCGGCUCCUGGACCGGGAGGUUUUCCAG